AAGUGUUGUUGUCCAGAGUAUUCCACAGCAUCGGUUUUGCGACGUGCAUUUUCUGAAAUCACAGUUAAAAUUCCCACAACUAAAUCUGUUUGUGAUUCUUCACUGUAUAAAAACGUAAGACAACUUUACCUAGGAAGAAUUAUCUGGAACGACGAUGUCUGUAAAAAGUGUUACCACCACAUCACACAAGACAGAAAAUACUACAAGUUAUUCUUCACUGGACAACAUCCUCUGGUGCAAUGUCCUACUGGUUGCAGCAGCUCACAUCACUGGUGUUUAUGGAUUCUACUUGGGCAUUGCAGCUGCCAAAUGGCAAACAGUUGUUUGGACUUCCUUCUUGGUAUUUUUUGCUGGCUUCGGGAUCACAGCCGGAGCACAUCGUUUAUGGUCCCACAGAUCGUACAGAGCAAAAUGGCCUCUUCGAUUGCUGGUGGCAGUUGGACAGACCAUAGCAUUGCAGCAUCAUAUUUAUCACUGGGUACUUAAUCACCGAAUGCACCAUAAAUAUUCCGAGACGGAUGCAGAUCCAUUCAACGUCCAACGUGGUUUCUUCUUUUCACAUGUUGGAUGGACUCUGUGUGAAGAGCAUCCCGAAGUUACAAGACGCCGCAAGGCUAUUGUGAUGACUGAUACUCAGGAAGACCCAAUUGUUGUUUACCAACAAAAGUUGUAUGUUCCAUUGGCUUUCGUGUUAGGUGUCGUUGUUCCAGUUGUCAUUCCCGUAUAUUUUUGGGGUGAAUGUCAGCGAACUAGCUUCUUUCUUUCAUUCGCUUUGCGAUUCGUUGUUACCAGCAAUGUUACUUGGAUGAUUAAUAGCGUUUCUCACACAUUACCUGGGGCCACCUGGGGCUCGCGUCCUUACGAUAGGGCAAUUGGUUCGACUGAAAAUCGACUGGUAGCAGUCCUGGCGAUAGGCGAAGGUUGGCAUAAUUAUCACCACGUCUUUCCCUGGGAUUACAAAGCUUCUGAACUUGGUGAUUACUCUACAAAUUGGACUACGGCUCUGAUUGAUUGGUUUGCAGAUAUUGGCUGGGUGUCAGAUAGGAAAACUGUUACGGAAAGAAUACUGUGUAAUCGCAUAUUGCGAACAGGUGACGGUUCACAUCCUGUCAGUUGCCAUAAUGGAAAUUUGUAAGGAUUCUGUUAAAUUUUUUUCUA